GACCCUAACCCGGCAGAGGAUUGGGCAGACCCGAAGGCAUGACAAAAUCCUUCUGAAGCCCAGGAUGGAAACUUUUUGGUCCAGGAAGCCCACAGUUACGGGCCUCGAAUCUCUAGCCCCUUCCAGAUUCCAGAACUAUGGGAGGAAUUGUAUGCUUGCUAACAUACGCACAGGCGUACGAUUCACACUAUACGUCCAUUCCUCCCUUUUCAGUUCUCACCUUCUUCCUUGGCUUUCGCUCUUUAAUCCUGCCUGGUUCAUAUUAACUACGUCCGGGAAAAAAAAAUCAAAUUGAUUUAGUAAUUUAAUCUAAAAUAGUUUUCUCUGAAUUAGCCAGUGUAGCUUUCCUGCCGGAACCCUAGGGUUUUUCAUUAGUUGGAGAUUAGUGAAAUUCAAGAUGGAGCAGAUGUCUUUGCCGGCUCUCUUCGAGCAGGCUCGCAAGAUUUAUCUCGCGGCUUCUGAAUCAACCGUUGAUCAGGAUACUGUGAGAAAAUGUUGUGAAAUGUUGCGGCAAUGCGAGGAGAUGAUCAGUAAAUUAGGGCUUUUUUCUUCAAAUGAAACCAAGGAUGAUAUUAGCACUGCCAAUCUGAAGUAUCUGCUGGUUUUGUUCUAUCUCGGUGAAAUGACUGAAAAAAUUGCACAAGAUGACCGGAUACAAAUUCUCAAGGCUGCCCAAGCUAAGCUAAAGGAAUUUGUCACAUUUUGUGAAGCUAUGGAGCUUGUGCCUGAAGAGGAAUUGCAAACAUCUGGAGCUAGUUCUUUUGCAGAUCUUAGAGCCAAGAAGAUUGCUCGAUUUAAACGGCAGCGAGCUGCCGAAGCUAAAUUACUUGAGAUAAAGGAACGAAAGGAACGGCGUGGCAGAUCAACUAAGGCAGCAGCUAUUUCCAGCCCUAUUGAGGCAGGGGAAGAUGAUCUGCAGGAUGAUGAUGGAGAAGAAGAAAGGGAGGCAUGGCUCAUGUCCAUCUCCUUGGCCCUCUGCAAGGCUUUUGAUCUACUGGAAAUGCUUAAGAAAGAGGAAGAAAUGCUUUCUGCUAUUAAUGAGAAAAAAUUACAGGAAGGGGAGAAGGAAGUUUCACAGGCUAUUCUUGAUGAGCGUGCCCAGAAGGCAGAAGCUUGGCAUCGGGAUGCUGCCACACGAGCUAGAUUCACAAAACCAUCUCCCCCCAUCACAUGUGCUACUUUUGCGCAGGAUGUUUUAGAGGGAAGAAGGCAGGUGUCAGAAGUCCAUGAGCAUAAGCACCAGCCAUUAAUUUUUGGACCAGCAAGUCUGGUAGGAAAGAACCCAACCAGUGACCGCGAAAGAAUAGCUGCACAAGUUUUCCAGCCUCAUUACAGGUUUGAUUUUUUCCACAAAGUUAAUAAAGUCAACCAGGGUUCCUUUGUGAGUUGUCUAGCAGCUAAAAGUAAAGGUGAUAUUGACUACCACCUGAUCUUAUCUUUUAUGAAUGCAGACUGCCGACCAUGAGCAUUGAGGAAGCCGGGUUGAAGGAAAUGCAAAUGAUGAAUAAAUGGCAGGAGAGGAAUGCUAAACUCAUGGAAGAAGCCAAUUCGGCAUGGUAUAAGGAUAAUCGGAAGUCAAGACCAGGUGAAGAGGAGGAGGACGAGGAUGAUGAUGCUGCCCAAGAGAAGGCGAGGGCAUGGGAUGAUUGGAAAGACGACAACCCUCGUGGCGCUGGCAAUAAGAAGCUCACUCCGUGUGGUUAAUUUAUAAUCAUUGGAUUCAUCAUUGUUGUUUUUCUUGAUGUUUCAUUUGAGUCUUUUGCUAGUUGAUAAUUAUGUGCAACAGGUUUGCUGUCUAAUUAGCCAUCACUCUAUUGUACAUAAGAGGAUAUCUGGCAUGUCGAUUAAGUUUGUGUAUUAUGAUGUAACGUUAGUCCUGUAUUGUCACGGUAGAUAUAAGGCUCUUUUUAUAAGCCUAAUGCAAGUUAUCUCUGCCAAUAUUAUUGGAAAAUAAAUUCAAGCUAGUUUUGUCACUUGUCUACUACUUACCGAGUUACAGCUCGUUCAUUUUGGUAUUCUGCUGUUGAGA